AUGCCUUUGGAUGAUUUCCUGUUGCAAUCUGCUUUGGCAACUAGUCUUGUUUAUCAGAAGCAUUCUCUUUCUUUGACAUUAAUGAAAGAUCCUAAAGUGUACAUCACCGUUUCAUCAAUCGCAACAAGCUAUUUCUUUCAACCCUGCCUCAGAAAAAUCAUUCUAAAUUAUUACAAUGCGGACUGCGAAAGGAUUGCAAGAUCUUUCCCUUUCGUCGGACUGUACUCUCACGAUCCCAGACUGAACCAUCGAAACCACUUGGCACUUCACAAACCAAUCGCCUGUCCGGAUGGAAGAUUCGAAACCAACGUUUCACUCCCUUAUUUCGAGUUUAGUACUGAAGAUAUUGUCUCUAAAUGUCUUGGGUUCUGGGUUGCCUAUGUGGAAGCUGGAAGCGUGGUGCAUUCCAGCUGCCUUCUUACACAUCCUGAUUGGAUGCAUAAUAUCAGUGAUAUGAUUGGUCACAAACCUUUGAAAUCUCUUAUGAUCCCAGGUACGCAUGAUUCGGGCUGUUACAUGAGAUACGACCCUUACAAAGAUACUGUGUACGAAAGAUAUAUCUUUACUCAGGAAGAAUCAGUAUUCAACCAGUUGGUGUAUGGUAUAAGAUAUCUGGAUUUGCGGAUAUGGCACGAAGGUGCAUCUCAAAAAACAAGUAGAAUUUUUAUUACUCACGAUGUCUUCCAUCUUGGUCUUCCAACACUUGAAAAUGUUCUUCAGCAGGUAAAGGAUUUCGUUUCUGUUACUAAAGAAAUAGUUGUUGUCGAUUUCCACAGGAAAAUAACCGGAUUCUUCAAAUCUUUUGAAUUGGAAGAUUGGCAACACAGAGACGUUAUGGAACUCGGUAAAAGGAUAUUUGGGAAAUUUUUGAUAGACUAUAAAUAUUCAGACAUGCCACUGGAUUUUUUGUGGAAAAUCGAUAAACGGAUUCUGUUUGCUUACGGAGAGUAUAAUAAAGGAUUUGUUGAGGAUUCUAUUGCCUUCAAUGCACAUCACUGGUGGAUUGAUACUCAUAAUGUCACAAUUCUGCAUAAUUAUCUCGUCGGUUGUUGUUCGUAUAGUUAUGACUUGACGGCUACCAACGCGAUUCUGACACCUAAUAUAUGGUUCAGUCGAAGAAGAUUAGCGAAGUUAGCCAACUCCGUGAUAGAUAACUGGUUUCGAAAUGAAUUAUCUUGUUCUAAUGUGAUUCUAACUGAUUAUUUUCUGGGAAAUAAUGUAAUUGAAAUUUCUAUAAAUAGAAAUAAAAAUAAAUCUUUUAGCUUUUAUUUAAAGCUCUCUAGUUUAUUUCUUUCUUCAUAUACAGGAUAA